AUGGCAGAUCAUAAAGAAGGAGGAAUCGUGAAGAAAGGUCAGGAAGAAGGAAUGAAACUGGCGGUUUCACUGCUCGAAAAAUUCGAGUUGCCGGGAGGUUUGCUGCCGCUGGAGAAGGUGGUGGAAGUGGGAUACGUGAGAAGUACAGGGUAUAUGUGGAUUGUGCAGGAGAAGAAAGUGGAGCAUGAGUUCAAGAUGAUAAGCAAACUGGUAAGUUACGAUACAGACGUUCAUGGGUUUAUAAGCAAGAAGAAGAUCAAGAAGCUGAAAGGAGUGAAGGCUAAGGAGCUUAUGCUUUGGCCUCCUGUUAGUGAAAUCACCAUUGAUGAUUCACUGACUGGGAAGAUUCAUUUCAAGAGUCUUGCAGGGAUUACUAAGACCUUCCCUGUCGAGGCUUUUGCUCCUGGGCAGUGA